AUGAUUAAAAGCGGGUGUGGAAAUCAAAACGGGAAGAACGCAGUUGGGUACCUCAUCCUCGUGCUAACCUACGUGCUUGUAUCUGCGCUGUUAUCAUUAUACUGCCUAGUCAGGAGGGCAAAGGGGGAGUUGCAAAGGUGUCGCCCCAUAAUCUGGCAGCUGUGCCGAUCGAAAUUUUGGCAGCUGUGCCGACCGAAAACCUGGCAGCUGUGCCGACCGAAUACACUUCUUAAGAAAGCGAUCAACAGAGUGUUCACCUCAUGCAAGUGGUCCGAUCGGAAGAGGCCCUACACCUGUGCGGAUAUCCUCCAAGGAGUUGCCAACCUUCUUAAGCAACGCAGAUGGACCGCAUCCGAUGCAAAAGAAGGAAGCGCCAAAACGCCAAAGCAUGUUUAUAUCGUUUUAAAAACGAGCGACGUUAUUAUACUCCUGGGGGAGAACAAACUUUCGCCCUACCUGGUGAACAUUGCUGUGUGUCUGUACGAGCACAAGGUGGCACAUGUGAGCAUCUACGUGGCUGAUUACCUUUUCGACUCUGUCUUUUUUGAUGGCUUAACGCGUGGGUUGCACGGGCAAGGGUUCUUGAUGAGCGCCUCCCCAGGGGGGGCACACGAAUUCACCGUAUCGAAGCCCUCCCCACAGCAGACGCCCCACACGCUCCACCUAAAGUUCGCGAACAAAGCGAACGCGCACAACAAGCUCAUCGACGCAGCGGAAGGAAGCAACAUCACCUCAGAAGGGGGAGUAUUAACGGGCGCACGCUGCCACCCCGUGUGCAAUAAAACUGUGGAGGGAUUAAUAAAAGCAAUUUUGGAUUUUAGCAAAAGAAGCUUCUUAGCAGAAAAGGGGAAAACACUCCAGUGUGUUUGCUACGUUGUGUUUCUUCUCCUCACCGAGGUGAAACAAAUGAGCAUUACCCAUUUGAAGCGAGUCCUCCCAUCCUUGCACAAGAAGGUAGAGUGGUUCGCGACGCACAUUGUAGAAUGCGCCCAUCAUUUUUUUACACCUUUGGGGGGGUUGUACUCUCCAGUGGGCACAGGCCAAAGCAGCCUUUGGGGAAAUACCCCAUCACAGGAGAAGGGAGAAAACAUGCCCCGUGUUAAUUGUGCCGUGGAAGAAGUACAGAGGGAUAACCUCCAUGGCAGCGAAAAAAAAGAACCCAAAGGAGAUACCAAAAUAACACUUGUCCUUUUGAAUGAGAUUUUCAAAAACUCUAUUGUGAAGGACCAACAGGCAAUAGACACCUUAAAGCAGUUAGUACAGAACAACAUCCCUCUGUAUGUGCAACCCGUUUGCAAUGACAUUUUUGGGGCUUCUUUUAAGGGCACCCAAGUCGACGUGGUUCUCUCCUUAAGAAUGGGACUCGCUGAUUAUUUGGCUUAUGCCCUCGCGCGCUACCGGAAUGGGGGGGGCUUUCCACAGAACCCCUCACUGGAGCACCUCCCACAUGGGAACCCCCCACCGGAGCACCUCCUGCACUUUUUGAAGGACUAUUUGAGUUCCCUUUUUUUUUUGUACAACAUUAUUCACCCCUUUGAGAAGGACGGGAUCCAGCCUUGGGUUUUGUCCAGCGCGGAGGUUUAUGAGUUUUUCGACUACGGCGUUGCGUCCGUGCGGCAGGCGCUGGCAUACUACGCCCGUUCCCUGCAGCGCCACGGCUGCUGA